AUGAUCAACCAUUGUUGUGUCGCCGCCAUUGUUAUUGGAGAAUCGACUUUCAUCGAUCAACCUCUGCAUGAGCCCAUCCAGUCUCUUGGAAAGUCCGGCCAGCUUCCUCUCAUACCUUCCACCAUCAAGCCAAUUCAAGACCGGCAGGAAAUCGGCAUUGCUAGAAGCCCCAGCACAGGCCAGAACCUCCACCAUCAUCUCCUUAAAUUGUUCCUGGCCGCCGGGCGCCGGUCCAUCGUAGCUUUUCCCGGCGAUCAUCGUCAUCAUGAUGUUGAACAUCAGGUCAUGAGGAUGAGGCUCCUAACUUCGUCCCUCCGGAUGCCGGCCAAUUCGUUGAGCCGGCCCGCGGAGAGGAUCUCGACGGCGCCGACGCGGCGGAGGUGGCGCCAGUGGUCGCCGUAG